GAUGACAGAAGACGGAAUAUACGCAAAUGCUGAUGAUUUUCAGAUGAGUUGUGAGGUUUCUGUGGGAAAAGAGAGCAAUGUAUACGCUAAUAUCAGGCCUGAAGAUGCUGUAGUUUCCAAGCCCUCUGCGGCUGUGAGGGACUACUCCAGAUGGGCUAUUAUGGGUCUGGGGCUGCUGUGUGUUCUACUGCUUGCACUCAGCAUAGGUGUGAGUGUUCAAUGCAUGAAGGAGAGAGACCAGCUACAGGCUGAGAAACAGCAGCUGCUAUCCAGCUACUUGGACAUCAACAUGGAGCGGGAUCAGUUACAGACCAACAACACCAACCUGACCAGACAGGUGGACCAGCUACAUGCCACCGAGAUCGAGCUGCAAGACCGAAUCUCUAUAUUGACAAAGCCAUGUCCCUCAGGAUGGGUCUAUCACUUCAACACCAAAUGCUACCGCUUCAAUCCCAAUCCCAAAAGUUGGUCUGAAAGCAGAGCACGCUGUCAAAGCCUUGGAGGAGACCUGGUGGUGAUUAGCAGCAGGGAGGAGCAGGAUUUCAUUCAUGGACUGGCUAGAGGGAAAAAUGUUUGGAUUGGCCUGAUGAGGGUGAAUGGAAAAUGGAGAUGGGUGAAUGACGAUGAAGCCUCCAUCACUUUCUGGGGUGGCGGGCAACCCAAUGAUGUCGGAGAGGAAUGUGUGGUGCUUAACUCAAGCGAAAACCCCUCACGCAACUGGCAUGAUUACCUUUGCGGGAUAACGCAUGCCGGUAUCUGUCAGAUUUCUGCUUACAUGUAGACCUUUCUUCAAAAGAAACUGCACUAUAUGGACAUUUUAAUUGGUACAGUACAUGCCUUAUCAAAUGUUAGCUUAAAUGCUAUUCCUUAAUGUAGGCCUACCAUUGAAGUCUUCAGCUGAAGCACUGUUCAACUCUGUGAUUUUGACGACUCAUUGUCAUUUCCUUGCAUAGUAGUUGAAUCAGUUUUAAAGUUUUAAAUUUAGAUUAGAUUAGAUUCUUUAUUGUCCCAUAGGGAUAUUUGGUUUCACAUCAGACUGUUCAGUUCCAUCAGGUUAGAUCUUGUAGUACACAUCUCAUUUGCUAUACAUAGGCUAUAGACACAAUUUUCACACAUAGACACAUAAACAUCCUCAGACAUUCACCACCUACAAUACAUAUACACACACAUAUAGUCAUAUACACUUUUGAAGUCAGAAUUGUUACUUGUUGGGAAGAAUAAGGCAAGUGCGCUUUGAGGAGAGACCCGAGUAGGGUGGGGUGCAGUGGAUGAGUCUGUCACUGGGGCCGGAAAUACAUUACAGAUACUGAGGUGCACAUUGACUUGUAGCCUUCAUAUGUAGAAAUGAAAGUCUUUGUGAUGGAGAUGGUGUCUGUUUGU